GCAGUAUAUACUACAAUGUGCCCAGACCAUUGUCUCACUAGGCUUCAGCUGAUCGGCUAUCUGAGAGCAUAUACGCUUUUCCAUUGUUUAUCUCUCUUUAGUUCUUUGUUCCGCUCCUUCCUUCUCUGAGAGCAUAUUAUUUAAGUUUUCUCCUAUGGAGUUGGAAAGCAUACUCCAGGUCAUUCAGAACAAGAACAUUUUGGUCACUGGUGCCACUGGCUUUCUAGCAAAGAUUUUUGUGGAGAAGAUACUGAGGGUUCAACCAAAUGUGAAGAAGCUCUAUCUUCUAUUAAGAGCUGCAGAUACAAAAUCAGCCACACAGCGUUUGCAUAAUGAGAUAAUUGGGAAGGACCUUUUUAGAGUGUUGAGGGAAAAAUGGGGAGCAGGUAUGAACUCCAUUGUCUCAGAAAAGCUGACAGUGGUGCCUGGAGACAUUUCUCGUGAGGACUUGGGCUUGAAAGAUUCAAACUUGAGGGAAGAGAUGUUGAGCCAGAUAGAUGUCAUUGUGAACUUAGCUGCAACUACCAACUUUGAUGAAAGGUAUGAUGUUGCACUUGAUCUCAAUACUUUGGGACCAAAGCAUGUUUUGAACUUUGCUAAGCAAUGUGUUAAAUUAAAGGUGCUGGUCCACGUAUCCACAGCUUAUGUUUGUGGCGAGAAGGACGGGCUUUUAUUGGAAAACCCCUACCACAUGGGUGAGACGCUUAAUGGGACCUCAGGACUUGACAUCGAUAGCGAAAUCAGGCAGGUCCAGGAAAAAAUCAGAGAUCUUCGAGCAGAGGGAUUAACAGAACAAGCAAUCACUUCGGAACUCAAAGAUUUUGGCCUCAAAAGAGCUAAUAUAUAUGGAUGGCCAAACACGUAUGUGUUUACAAAGGCGAUGGGCGAGAUGCUUAUAGGAGACCUAAAAGAAAAUCUACCUCUAGUCAUUGUACGGCCAACCAUGAUCACCAGCACUUACAAAGAACCUUUUCCUGGUUGGGUUGAAGGAGUCAGAACCAUCGACAGCGUUGCAGUUGGUUAUGGCAAGGGAAAAUUAACAUUCUUUCUCUGCGACAUUAAUGCAAUUGCUGAUGUGAUACCUGCUGACAUGGUGGUGAAUGCAAUAAUUGCGGCAAUGGCUGCUCAUGCAAAUCAACCUGGUGAAGUAAUUUAUCAAGUGGGGUCCUCUAUGAGAAAUCCUGUAAAAUACUCUAAUUUGCACGAUUAUGGAUUCCGUUUCUUCACCAAGAAGCCAUGGAUUAAUAAAGAUGGAACUCCAGUGAAAGUUGGCAAGGUCGCAGUUAUGGGAAGCAUGACUACCUUUCACCGAUACAUGACUAUCCGUUACUUACUAUUACUAAAGGGGUUGGAGGUGGUUAAUACAGCAUUUUGCCAGUACUUCAAGGGCACGUAUGUGGAUCUCAAUCGAAAGAUCAAAUUUGUGAUGAGAUUGGUGGAACUUUAUAGACCAUACUUGUUUUUCAAAGGAGUCUUCGAUGAUAUGAACACAGAGAAGUUGCAAAUGGCAGUGCGAGAAAACACCACAGAGGCAGAUAUGUUUUACUUUGAUCCCAGUUGCAUAAAUUGGGACGAUUACUUCAUGAAUAUCCAUCUUCCUGGGGUUGUCAAAUACGUUUUCAAAUGAUUACCAAAAUUGGGUUGUCGAAUAUAUACAUAUAUAUGGUUUGAAAUGGGUGGAAUUGGAGCGCUCUAGCCAUUGUAUUUACUCAAGGCAGUAUACAAUGGCUCCCUAGAUGCAUUAUAAAUUUCAAUCAAGUUUAUGAACGUAAUUUGCUUUCAUGAAUAUGAAUAUGACGAUGAACAAUUGUUUGUCACCAAAUGUAAUUUGUUAUAAUAUGGAAGUGUCAACAACUUUAAUUGGUUGUUAAAUAAAGUUUGUCUUUUUAACAAGA